AUGGUGUUCUCAAGGCUGUCCUCAUGGCUCCCUGUGAGCCUCCCCAGGCUGUGGUUGUGGUCAACUGCUCUGGUCCUGGCCCUGGGCCUUCUCCAGCUGACCCGGCUGCUGGCCAGGAGGCAGAGACUGCUCCGAGCUCUGGACAGCUUCCCUGGACCACCUAUCCAUUGGCUCUUUGGGCAUGCCAAAGAGAUUAAAGACGGAGGAGGCCUGGACAAGAUGAUGUCAUGGGCCAAUACUUACCCCUCUGCCCACCCUCUGUGGUUUGGGAGAUUUGUUGGUUUUCUGAACAUAUAUGACCCUGACUAUGCCAAGGCUGUGUAUAGCCGAGGAGACCCUAAGGCCUGGGAUGUGUACAGUUUCUUCAUACCAUGGAUUGGGAAUGGGCUAUUGGUCCUAGAAGGGCCCAAGUGGUUCCAACACCGGAAAUUGCUCACACCUGCUUUCCACAAUGAAGUGCUGAAAUCCUAUGUGAGCCUGUUUGCAGAAUCCACCUAUGCCAUGCUGGACAAGUGGAAGGAGAAGAUUUGUGUGAAUAAGUGUGUGGAGAUCUUCGAUGAUGUGGGCUUCAUGGCUCUGGACACCCUGAUGAAAUGCAUGUUUGGGAAGACAAACAAAGGCCAAACACAGAGUGACAUCGACUAUUACCUGGCUAUCGCUGACCUCACCCUGUUGAUGCAAGAACGUAUCCAGACCUUCCAGUAUCAUAAUGAUUUCCUCUACUGGCUCACACCCCAUGGGCGUAACUUUCUGAGGGCCUGCAAGAUUGCCCAUGACCACACAGACAAAGUGAUCAGGGAAAGAAAAGCUGUCCUGAAGCGGGAGGAGCUGGAGAAGACACAGAAGAAGAGACAUUUGAAUUUCCUGGACAUGCUCCUUGGAAUCAAGCAUGAGAACAAGACCAACUUGUCAGAAGUGGACCUACGGGCUGAAGUGGACACAUUCUUGUUUGCAGGCCAUGACACCACCACCAGCAGUAUCUCCUGGUUCCUGUACUGCAUGGCCCUCUACCCAGAGCACCAGUACCUCUGUCGGAAGGAGAUCCAGGAAAUCCUACAGGGUCGUGACACUGUCCAGUGGGAAGAUCUGGCGAAAAUGACCUAUCUCACUCUGUGCAUCAAAGAGAGCUUCCGCCUCUAUCCCACCGUGCCCCAGGUGUACCGCCAGCUCAGCAAGCCUGUUGCCUUCGUAGAUGGGAGAUCACUGCCUGCAGGAAGCCUGAUUUCUUUGCACAUUUAUGCUCUCCACAGGAACCCCACUGUAUGGACUGACCCCGAGGUAUUUGACCCCCAGCGUUUCACUCCCGAGAAUUCCUCAGGACGCCAUCCCUUUGCCUUCAUGCCCUUCUCAGCUGGGCCCAGAAACUGCAUUGGGCAGCAGUUUGCCAUGAUAGAGAUGAAGGUGGUCACAGCCCUCUGCCUACUACACUUUGAAUUCUCUACAGACCCCACUCAGCCACCCAUCAAGCAGCUACAGCUGGUUCUGCGUUCUAAGAAUGGCAUUCACCUCAACCUGAAGAGACUGACCUAG